AUGUCGGCAUCACUUGCGCCAGAGUGUAACGAGGUGAAGGAGCGCUAUGAUACAUGCUUUUUGAAGUGGUAUAGUGAAAAGUACCUCCGUGGAGCCGAAAAGGACAACAAGGAAUGCGCCGACUUGUUCAACGAAUACCAGAAAUGCCUAGGUGUUGCACUAAAGUCCCGAGGCAUCGAUAAGCUUCUUGACGAGGCCAGGGAGGACAACAAGGACAACGAC